AGUCUGACCCUCCCAAGAUGGCGUCUCGGUGCGCUAUUGUGCGCAGGCGCAGUGGGCGCGGGCGCUAUGGCCGGGAGUUUGAAGCUGGAGCGGGUGGUGGAGGCGCUGGCGCUGCUGAUGGGGAGGCCCGGAGGAGGCACCGGAACAGAUUCAGGUUCUCUCCAGGCGGCAAAACAUGCAGAUCUGCUCGAAACCUUAAACUCCAACUUGGCUGCUUUAGAGGAAAAGCUUGGUCAGGAUCCCCAGUGGAAUGAACUGUGGAGCUUGAGAGCUGAAGUCAGAGAGCAGGCUGUUUGGCUAGAAAGCUCUACAGAUGUGACCUGGAGUUUUACUUGUCAAGUCCUGCUGUUACUGCUGAGUCUGAAAAAGCGCAUGAUCAUCUUAGCUGCUGCUUACCAUCCAGCCAAACCAAACCCUAGGACCGCUGAAGCUGCUCCAGCUCUCAGCCCUGACACGCUCAGCAUCUCCCAGCAGAAGACUGUUCAGUCUGCAUUGCAGUUUGUGAUUACCUUGGGCCUUUGUCCAUAUCUCUUGCCUGGGGUUGGAAUCCCGCUGAAGCACAGGACAGAGUUCAGUGCUGUUGUUCAAGAUGUGGUAUCUCCCAACGCUUCCCCCAGUGCAAUGCAUAGGCUCUACGGCAGCUGUACUGCACUGCUGCAGAUUGCACAGCACCCAUCUUUAGGCAACCUCAUCCUUACCCGCCACCUUGGGGACCUCAUAGCAGGUCUGUGCCAGCUAGGAUUCUGCCCGACCAAAGGAAAGGGUGAGCAAGCCAGGCCAUUGGAGCAACUAAAGGGCCUUACAGAAGAGCAGAGAACCCGUAGCAGGGAGGCCUUGAAGAGUGUGUUGGAUCGAGUCUACCAACCGCUAGUAGUCCAGGAACUGCUUGUUCUUCAGGGUGGAUCCAAACAGUGCUUGCAGUCCCCUGGACAAGAGGUGAAGCAGCCCCUUGCCCAAGCUCCAGCUUGGCUUCGGCGUCUCUGUGGACAGCUGCUCUCGGAGAGGCUCAUGAAACCCAGUGGGGUUCAGGCUGUGGUCCGGGGCAUCAUGGAGGGAGCAGGAAUCGGGGUAGCUGGUGGCAGUGGCGCUGAAGCAGCAGCUGCAGACUGGAGAAAGUGUGACAUGGUUGCUAGGAUCUUGGCUUCCUGUCCUCAGCAGUCUCUGUCCCUGGAGGAUUACUACCGGCAGGUGUGCCCACAGAUUCUAGACUUGUUGCAUAUUCAGGAUACGCUGACGGCACACCAGUUCCAGAGAGUUGCCACCACUUCCCUUCUCACUAUGGCCAGAGAAUGCCCUCAGCUGGCAGGGAAAUAUUUGCUCCAUCCCAUGCUAGCGCCGCUUCUCCAAUGCUGGGAUAUGGCAGAGAUGGCAAUGGAAGACUUACCAGCAGGGACUGUGCUGGUGAAAGAGGCAGAGCUCAGCCGCUGCGUGGAAGAUGUGUUCAAGGUGUAUGUGGUUGGGAAUGAGCCCUCUGACGUGUUGCUGGAAUCCUUGCAGCCAGCUCUGGGAGUGAUUUUCUCUCUCUAUUGUUUCACCAAGCAGAACGUGUCACACUUACGCUCACCAUGCCAGGAGAUUUUAUUAUGGGUCUUGGAGAAGUCAGAGAGAGAGGUGGCGCUCUCCAUGCUGGAAGGGUUUACAGGACUGGGUAGAACCAUGCAGUUUCUCCAUCCGCUGUGCCAGUUUCAAGUAGCUGGUGGAGGUGGUGCCAUGAUCACUGUCAAAGAGACCAUCAGCGAUGAGGAGGAGGAACUCUACCAGAAGGUCUCCUCGGAGCAGUGGCAGAUGGAGCAGUUGGUGGCCCUGUUGACUCUCUGCCAGAAGAGCGGCUUAGCUGGAGACUUCUUCAUCUGCUGCUUAAAGGAGCUGACUCACGUGGCUGCAAACGAUGAGGCCGGCUUGGAUGACGAUCCCCUCUCCUGUGAGAGUCUGGUGGAGCUGGAGCAAUACCGCAGUCAGCAUCUCAUGGGGCAGAAGAAGCAGCUGCUUGUUCUGCAGCUGGUGGCCAUGCUGUGUGAGCGCGUCUCAGACACCGUGUUCACAGACAUUGUACAGGUGGUGGAAUUUGUGGCAGUUACAUUGCAGCGGGCAUGUGCAAGUCUUGCCCAGGGUUCAGAGGGCACUGUGGAAGCGCAGACUUUGAGCAUGUCCAUGGGACUAGUGGCUGCCAUGCUAGGAGGGGCAGUGCAGCUGAAAUCGGGUGACUUUGCCAUCCUAAAGCAGUUGGUGCCCCUGUUGGAGGAGAUCUCCCGCAUUCAUCCUGAACCUGUCAUCCAGGAGCUUGCAGCUGAUCUGCGCAUCACCAUCUGUACUCAUGGAGCCUUCUCCACCCAAACUGUUGGCACUGCUGCCCAGAGCACCCUGGGGGGAAAAAUAGGGUCAAGCAGGUCAGGAGGACAGACCCACACAAACCCCACAGAAAGACCUGAGGACAAAACAGCCGGGCUCAUCCUGGGACAGCCACAGAGUAAUGAAAAUUGCAGCCACACAAACAACAGCCUGACCAGUAACCCCAGUCCUAAAGGAAAGAAUGGGGAAUCCACUGUGCAGAAAGAGUGCCCCGUUGGGACUCCUACAGCAGACCACACCCCACAACAGCUUCAGGAGCUCCUCUUAUCAGCCUAUGACCCGGAAAUCCCAGUACGAGCAGCUGCCCUGCGGCGUCUUUCCCGUUUGUUAGAGCAGAGGGAUCCAGACGGACUAAAGGCUCAGGAGAAACUCCUCAAGACUUGCCUACAAGAUGGAGAGAAAAGCUGCUUCCCCACAGAUCACACAGGGCCUUGCUUGCAACUCCAGCUUGACCACAACGUUUUCUUGGAAAAUAUGGAACAUGAGGACUCCUUUGUGUACCUUUCUGCUAUUCAAGGUGUUGCCCUUCUGUCAGAUGUGUACCCAGAGCAAAUCCUCCCCUGCCUACUGGCCCAGUAUGGCUGCACUUCACCAGGCACCACAGGACCCCAGACUGCAGAGACCAGGAUGAAAGUGGGAGAGGUGCUGAUGCGGGUAACCCGGGCACUGGGGGACAUGAGCUGCCAGUACAGAGCUCCUCUGAUUCAUGCCUUCCUGAGAGGAGCAAGAGACCCGGAUAGCACCCUGAGGGCUAGCAGUCUGUCCAACUUGGGAGAGCUGUGCCAGAGACUUCACUUCCAGCUGGGCUCCGUGAUUCAAGAGGUGACCUCCUGUUUGACAGCCGUAGUUAAGUCAGAUGGCGAGGCUGAAGUCCGAAGAGCUGCGGUCCAUGUGGUGGUGAUGCUGCUCCGUGGGCUCGGUGAGGAAGUGACUGAGGUUCUCAGGGAUGUGCUGCGGGAUCUCUACCGCCUGCUGAAGUCAGUGGUGGCUUCUGACCGGGAUGAGGUCACCGUGCUUCACGCUCAGCUGGCCUUGGAGGAGCUCGAUGACAUCAUGAGGAGGGUCUUGUUUCCCCCCCAAACGCUAGAAAAGAAGCUCGUGGUCCUGCCUUAGCAGGACAACAGGCCAGCAGGGUCGAGUGCCCCCAGCACGACUUCCAAGCCGACUCGCACCUGCUUGUCUAUGCCAGCACGCAGUGCCAGGAGAGGCCGGAUUCCUGCGUCUCACGGCCUCGUCUCUCGUCCCCUUCUGCCUCCCGGUUUGCUGAGAGCAUUUAACACACUGUAGGAUGUGCUUAGAAUUUGCUAGUCCUCCAGAGGCUCCUGCCCCAGCCUGUGUGACUUGGGGCCUGCCAGUAUGUGUUCUGGCCUGUCUGCCUCGGCUAUGAAUGAGGCCACAUGGAAUCUGCAAGAAAUCAGAAAGUCACAGUGAGGGCUCCCUGCCUGUGCAGCAUUGCUCAGGGCUGGCACAGCCACGCGUGGCAGCUUCUCUCACUGACGAGCAUGCCAGGAACUCAUGCAGGGAGUCGCUUUUAAAACCAAAACCAAACUUGUACGGAACCCAAAGGCAGGGCAGGAAAAGCUCCCCACCUGUGAAGAAUCCAUUUGCUCUGCCUUCCGUUCAUGUUUAACGGGACAGCUGCCAAUGAAACCACUGGCACGUCACAGGGAGGAGGCACUGGCAUCGGGGUGGCUCUGGCCCAGGUACAUCCCAGAGAGUUCAACCGGCCUGCCAGGUGCAGAGCCCCCCCUGCCCCCCAUGUGCUCAGACUGGGGGGACUCGCUGCUCAAAAUGCAGAGACCUUAUUCCAAACAACAGCCCCUCUCCACGCCCGUGGGACUGGCUCCUCGGCGAGAGGUGAAACGCAGGGACUGGGAGUCCGCUCUCAGGUUCCCUCCCUGCAUUUCACCGUGGUGCGUGUUGCUCUGCACUGCUGUUCACUCCCGUUUCACUGGGGGCUCUCCGGCAUUAGCACUGUGCUGCAGGGCUGGGUUUCAAAUACCUUUCCGGGGGAAUUAUUUACAAAACCUCCCCCAUGAGCCCCCGCUGCGGUGCCUGGCGCGGGUGGGGUAUCUUUGACGUUGUUUUUAACAAUACCUAAAGUGUGGGCCAACCUUGUGGUGGCAGGGCCCCCUGAGCUGGCUAUAAAGGACCUCUGUCAAUGUCACGACCUGUAAAGUCAA